AUGGAUUCCCGAGCGUGUGCUUGCUUGCAGAGUGAAUUAGACCUUUUUAACGUGAAUCCUGUACAAUUAUCAACAGAAGACAGCUCAUUUACUGAGAUUUUUCCUGUUGCAUCUCUGAAUGAAAAGACGCCAAUUGAAUUUUACGUAAGUGGAAGUGGUGAACAUUAUCUCGACUUAUCCCAUACACUUCUGCAUCUACAAGUGAAAAUUAAAAAGAGAAAUGGAGCAGUAAUUGGAACGCCUGAUCAAGUGGCUCCUAUCAAUUAUCUCCUUAAUACGCUAUUUUCUGAAUGUUCAGUUACAUUAAAUGACAAGCAGGUUUCUUCGCAAGCUAACUACGCAUAUAGAUGUAUUUUCGAUGCUUUGCUUUCACCUCGAGCUGUUCAAGAAUCAAUGCUAACAUCGGGUCUUUUCUACAAAGACACUGCUUCUAAGCAUGAAUCAGUAGAACUAGCUAAUGUUGGUGAUAAUGCAAAUUCCGGUUACCAAACUAGAUAUAACAUCUGCAAAGAUAGUAAACUUAUAGAUAUGAUAGGUCCAUUACAUUUCGAUCUAGGCAAUCAGAGCAAAUGUCUUAUAAAUUCGGUGAAUCUUCGGAUCAAAUUAGAAAGAAAUAAGGAUUCUUUUGCUCUGAUGUCAGCCACGCAAGAUUUUAAAGUAGUUAUAUAUCAUGCAUCAUUAUUUGUUAGGAAAAUUAAAGUCGCUCCCUCAGUCGUGAUUGCCCAUGAAUUAGCUUUAAGCAAGGGAGUUAUAAAAAUGCCGAUUCGCAGAACAGAAGUGAAAUCAUUCGCACUUUCUUCAGGAAUGCAAUCAAUAACUAUCCCUAAUGCGUUCAUUGGACAAUUACCGACACGACUUAUAAUGGGUAUGGUAUCUAAUGCUGCAUUUAAUGGGGAUUUUUCAAAAAAUCCAUUCAAUUUCAAGCAUUAUGAUUUAUCAUAUCUUUGUAUAUUAGAUGGCAAUCGUAUGAUUCCGUCAAAGCCCUUUCAACCAAAAUUUGAUAAUUCUAACAGUUACAGCAGAUGUUAUAUGAGUCUAUUUACUGAUUUGGGUAGAUAUCAUAAAGAUCAAGACAUUAAUAUAAGUUACACUGAAUAUAAAGAUGGGUAUACGCUGUUCGCUGUAGAUUUGACGCCCGAUCUCAACGCGGACGGAAUGCACGAAAGUAUUUCACGCAAUGAAACGAUGACUUCCGAACUGAGAUAUGGCUUUAUGUACUUGAAGCGUACUGGAUCAGCUUAUAUGAUUCAUUGCUUCACCGAUUCCCUUUACGAAAAUAUGAUAUCCUGUGUUCAAGCUGCGAACUCCUAUCAAAUGGAUACAGUCGAUUCAGACUGCAGAUUGAAGAUUGCCUAUUUCAAGGUUCUCAACAAUAAUGAUAUUGUCAGAGAACUCCAUAACGGUUCUGCUAUGAAUUAUCGACAGACAUUUGAUUGUAAAACGUAA